CAUCACUCGGUGUUUGCUAGCUGUGCUAACCUGCUAACCUCCGGGCUAGCUGCAGAAAAUGGCUGAAUAUUCACGGGCGAAAUCGACCAAACUGGUUUUGAAAGGUCUCAGUAAAGGGAAAAAGAAGAAGCAUAAGGAUAAGAAAAGAAAAGCGACAGAUGAUGAACAAAAACCUGAUGUAGUUGAUGGUUGGUGGUCCGUCACCAACUUUGGAGAAAUAACGGGAUCGGUUGCCCUAGAAAUGCAGACCAACGCGUACAUCCAUGCCAUGGAUACCGGACUUUUCACCGUCGGUGCACCACACAAAGAGGAUGAAGGACCUGACCCUCCAGAGCAGUUCACUGCCAUCAAGUUCUCCGACUCACGAAUAGCCUUGAAGUCUGGAUACGGCAAAUACCUGGGAAUAGACUCUGAGGGUUUGGUGGUGGGCCGCUCGGAUGCCAUCGGCGCCAGGGAACAAUGGGAACCAGUCUUCCAGGAUGGCAAAAUGGCUCUCAUGGCAGCAAAUAGCUGUUUCAUCUCCUACAGUGACAUCGGGGACAUUGUUGCCAAGAACAAGACGGCGGGGGACGGCGAGAUGCUGAAGAUCCGAUCGAGUGCGGACAAAGACGUCAAGCGCAAAGAUGACAUUGCAGACGAGGACCAGGGCAAUGUGAAGUCGUGUGAAAUCAAUUAUGUGAAGAAGUUUCAGAGUUUUCAAGAUCGGCGGCUCAGGGUCAACGAGGGCGACGCCGUCACGUUGAAGAAAGCCCGAACGGACGGGAAGUUCCAUGAGUCUCUGCUCGACAGGAGAAGCAAGAUGAAAGCCGACCGGUACUGCAAGUGAAGAUUCAACUCUGCUGCAAUGUCUUUGUAAAUGUCACCUUUUCAUUAUUGUGGUCUUUUAAUCUCAGAUUAGAUGUUAUUUUUUAAUAAUAAUAAACAUUACAAGGUUAAA